UGUCUCCCUGUCUCCCUCUGUGUCUCCCUGUCUCACCACGUGUCUCCCUGUCUCCCCACGUGUCUCACACGGGGACUGUCUCCCUGUCUCCCUGCGUCUCCCGAAUCUCCCGUGUCUCAACGAGGCUCCACGCCGUGUCUCCACGCCGUGUCUCCACCCCGUGUCUCCACCACCACCACCACCAUGAGUGACGAGCUGAUGAGCGGCUGGCUACGCAAAUCUCCCUCCGAGAAGACGCUCUGCCGUGCCUGGAAGCGGCGGUGGUUCGUGCUGAAGAGCGGCCGCCUGACGGGCGACUCGGACCGACUCGAGUACUUCAAGGGGCCCCGCGCCCGCUGCCCGCUGCGCUGCAUCCCCCUCCGGCAGUGCUCGGCGCUCGCGUGGGACCCCCAGCGGGCCCCCCGCGAGGGCCAACGCCGACCGGGAGCGGGGGGGGUCCCCGCCGUCUCUGCCGCGUCCCAGGCGAGUCCGGUGUCUAUUAUACAGGUGACAAGCUGA